AUGAUUUCCUCUAGUCCAAUUAUUCUUGACUUGACAGAGGAAAUAAUGAGAAAUCAUACAACAGUAACAACAUUCAUCCUGCUGGGGAUGACAAAUGACCCAAAAUUACAAAUUUUGAUUUUGAUAUUUUUAUUUCUCUCCUACCUUUUGAGUGUGGCUGGGAACCUGACAAUUAUCACCCUCACACUUCUGGAUUCCCAUCUUAAAACUCCCAUGUAUUUUUUCCUUCGAAAUUUCUCUUUCUUAGAAGUCUCAUUCACCACUGUCUGUAUUCCCAGAUACCUCUACAGCCUGACAACUGGAGAUAACACUAUUACCUAUAAUGGUUGUGUCAGCCAAUUAUUUUUUGGUGUCCUCUUUGGAGCAACUGAAUUUUUUCUCCUUGCUGUCAUGUCCUAUGAUCGCUAUGUGGCCAUCUGUAAACCGUUGCAUUACACAACCAUCAUGAACAACAAGGUGUGCACUAAACUCAUUAUCUUCUGUUGGGUGUCUGGUCUGUUGAUUAUCCUUCCACCUCUUAGUGUGGGUCUUUACCUAGAAUUUUGUAACUCAAAUCUCAUUGAUAGUUUUGCAUGUGAUGCAUAUCCUCUCAUACAGAUAGCCUGCUCAGACACAACACAUAUAGAAAAAUUAAUUUUGGUUUUUGCUGUGCUAACACUAAUUACGACCCUACUUGGUGUAGUCCUCUCAUACACAUACAUCAUAAACACCAUUGUAAAAUUCCCUUCUGCUCAACAGAGGAAAAAGGCCUUUUCCACCUGUUCAUCUCACAUGAUUGUGGUUUCCAUGUCCUAUGGUAGCUGCAUAUUUGCCUACAUUAAACCUUCAGCAAAAGUAGGAGUAGAACUUAAUAAGAUUGUAGGUUUACUCACUACUUCAAUUGCCCCUACGCUCAACCCAUUUAUUUACACUCUUCGAAACAAGCAAGUGAAAGACGCCUUCAAAGACAAAGCUAAAAUAAUUGUACUUCUCACUAAAAAGUAA